AGAUCGCAAGCAUCCAAGAUGAGGACUUUGAGAACCCCUUCAGCACUGGCCCGCCGCAUUACGUCAACAAGACGCUGAUGCUGAAUGGCCACGAGUGCACGCCCGGCCUGAGCCCGGACAGCUACACCAAGAUGACGCUCGAGAAGCGUUCGCCAAUCGGCGACAACAUGGAGCAGUUUGGCUUCGCGUACCCCAGCAAGGACAAGCACAGCGGCUGCCUGCCGGGGCAGUAUGUCAAGGUGCGGAUCCAACCCGCCGGUCACCCGGUGCAGGAGCGCUACUUCUCACCCGUGUCUCGACCAGACGAGCCCGACCGGCUGCAGCUGAUCCUCAAGUUCGAGACGGCUGGCAUUCUGUCGCACCAUUUCCAGCAGCUCAAGCCGGGAGAUUCGAUCGAGGUGAUGGGUCCGUGCGGCGGCUUCGAGUACCACGCCAACACCACGGACCACCUGACCCUGAUGGCCUCGGGCGCCGGGGUCACGCCCUGUCUGCAGCUGGUGCGCUCCAUCAUGGCGGACCCGCAGGACCGCACCCAGGUGCACCUGCUGUACUACUCCGAGACCAUCGACGAUGUCCUGCUCAAGGACGAGCUGGACAAAUACCAGGGCACCGACCAGCGGCUGAAAAUCCUAUACAGCCUGGGCGAGGCACCGGAGGACUGGGACGGCGAGGAGGGCUUCAUCGAUACCGACAUGAUCCAACGCACGGUGCCAACACCCAAUGGAGGCCGCUGCAAGAUGGUGCUGUGUGGCGGUCCGACCAUGAUCAUCUCCUCUCUGAGCUCGCUGCGACAGUUGCACUACCCUGCCCGCGACAUCUUCGUCUACGGCCAGUUCGGCGCCGAGCACGUCCGCAUGGUCUUCGGCCGCAACGUCCAGCUGUCCGGCCACUCGUCCAGCUGCGCCGUCUGAGGUCACGCGUGUACCAUCUGAGGUCACGCGUGCGCCGUCUGAGGUCACGCGUGUACCAUCUGAGGUCACGCGUGUACCGUCUGAGGUCACGCGUGCGCCGUGUGAGGUUACGCGUGUACCAUCUGAGGUCACGCGUGUACCGUCUGAGGUCACGCGUGCGCCGUCUGAGGUCACGCGUGUACCGUCUUAGGUCACGCGUGUACCAUCUGAGGUCACGCGUGUACCGUCUGAGGUCACGCGUGUACCAUCUGAGGUCACGCGUGUACCGUCUGAGGUCACGCGUGUGCCGUCUGAGGUCACGCGUGUACCAUCUGAGGUCAGGCGUGUGUCCUCUGAAGUCACACGAAUUUUAGAAAUUCCAUGUUAGGAAAUCCAGUACAAAAUUAGAUGGACCAUGACUCUCCGGAAGACAAAGACCCACCCAUGUCCACGGUAGAAAGUUAGACGGUGGACCGGUAUUUGGGUAGAGCUAGCAAUGUUAGCCUCACAUAUGUAUCAACAGGAUCAUGGUGAAAAUUCUCGGUAACGUGUACUGGGAGUUCAACCUCCAUGCUCGUUAAGUAACACAGUACGUGUGACAGUGUGCUUUGGUUUCCCAGAACACUGCCGCCUGACUCAGCUUUCAUUAACCUGAUGCGUUUAUCUCACCUAGGAUAUGGACCAGCAUUUGCUUAUGCUUACAGUUUGGGAUUGCUCCUGGAUAAUAGAAGCCUAACACGCCGCCAGCUCAUGCGUAGUUUGUUUGCUGUCUCAAUUUAUCGUUCUGACGCAUCGCAGUGCACUGCAAGUUGUUGUUACAUUUCAUAAAAUGUACAACGAUUCACCACAAUAUCCUUCUGAAAUCCUCACUCGGGGCACACAUAUCUUGGGCAUAUGCUCUUCUCCCAGGAGCCGUGAGCUCGAGCCCUCAGACAGACUGGGCUUGUCGUGCGGAGCCAAGAUCGAAAGGGUUUGAUAUAUAUCAUACAUGGUAUCUUCGACGCUUGGAAAAGAGUUUGCAUCAAACUCAAAACAGGCACGUUGGUACAUGAAAUCACACAUCAGCUGAGCAACUGACAUCAAUCUCAUUACUUAUCCUUGACCAGCGUUGGACUUAAUUCGAGUUGAAAAUGGAGCUGACUUUGAAGACAUCUCAACUUUUGCUGAAUCAGGUUGAAAAAUGUUUUCUUCAAUAGUCGGGCUAAGAAUUGAGCGGAAAAAGUCCCCAGCAACUUGCUGAAGUGUAGCUGUCUGAGCUCAGGCCGGGCGUGCACCCGCAGUCAUUCAGAGUCAGCGUCUGGAAAUUACGUAGGCUCUCCAAUAGAAAGACAGGAUACAAGGCUUUUUCUUAGCUUGUUCCAUUUUCCAAGGCUUAUCCUUAGCUUAUUCCAUUUUUCUUAAUUUCUAGAGCGGAAAACCCCCAUCCUUAAAACACAAACCCUAACGAGCAGCGAAAUUCAAUGCCAUGUGGAAGGGCGUCAUGAUCACGUGCAACGCGCUGCAAGUAUGGGAUGGUUAUGGGGUCACAGGUGCCGGAAAGAACGCAGUCCAAUGCGUGAAUUACAGCAUUAACUAGAAAUACGCCAAGUGUGCAAAACGCCCUAAACUUUAACUUUAAGGCUGAACAUUUAUCAGCCGGGAUCUCGAGGUAGGAAAAUCCUGCGUGCGUGGAGAGGCCAUGCUAUCAACGUACCUCAGUGGGGACUGGGAUAGUAAAGCGUCCAUGAGUUGCGAUUGCUUUCCUGAUACCGGAUAUUUCUAAGCGUUUUAGGUUAAGCACGUCUUAAGUAACUUGAGGAUUGGAGUUCACCAACAUCUCAUGCUGCAAGCAUCUUCUGAAUAUACUACAGUACAGUACAGUGUUUCAGGUUUGCUGUUCGGGGGGGGG